CCAGCUCCACGUGGCCAGCGCACACGAUGUGGCCCAUUGUGCCUUUGUGGGUGAGAAAACAGUCAAAAGUCACAAAACAGACGUCGUUGUGUUUGUUUGAAAGAACGACGUAGAUUCACUCGCAGUGUUCGCAGUGCUUAUGGUUAUACCCUACUUGGGACGUAGUCUAGCCUAGUUGAAGAAAUAUUUUUACUUCAGGCAAAUCUUGAUAAUGUCGACCGACAGCGAUGUAUUCCUGUUCACGAGCGAGUCCGUCGGCGAGGGACACCCGGACAAAUGCUGCGACCAAAUAUCUGACGCUAUCCUGGACGCCUGCCUCGCACAGGACCCAAACAGCAUGGUGGCAUGCGAGACUGCGGCCAAGUCCAAUUUCGUCUUGCUCUUCGGUGAAAUCUCUACCACUGCGAAAGUGGACAUGGAGCAGGUGGUCCGUGAUACGCUGCGGAGAAUUGGCUACGACGAUGCUGAAAAGGGAAUCGAUGCCUCCACGUGUCGUGUUGAGGUUGCCAUCGAGGAGCAGAGUCCCGAGAUAGCACAGGGUGUGCACGUGGGACGUCGUGAUGAGGACGUCGGCGCGGGAGAUCAGGGUAUGAUGUUCGGUUAUGCCACCGACGAGACCGAUGAGCUCAUGCCACUCACUGUCAUACUCUCACACAAGCUGAACCAGAAGAUGGCGGAGCUGCGGCGCAGCGGUGCAGUUGCGUGGCUCAGACCUGAUUCGAAAACGCAGGUCACCGUCGAGUAUCAGAACACGAACGGUAGUCUGAAGCCACGCCGUGUCCACACGAUUGUCAUCAGUGCCCAACAUAAUCCAGAUGUUAGUCUGGAGCAGAUGAGAUCUGAUCUCCUGGAGAAGGUGAUCAAGGCGGUCGUGCCGGCCAAGUUGAUCGACGGCAGCACGGUCUUCCACCUGCAGCCGUCUGGUGCUUUCAUCAUGGGCGGACCACAAGGUGAUGCUGGCCUGACUGGGCGUAAGAUAAUCGUCGACACGUACGGCGGCUGGGGCGCUCACGGCGGCGGUGCCUUCUCCGGCAAGGACCCGACCAAGGUGGAUCGGUCCGCCGCGUACGCAGCGCGCUGGGUGGCCAAGUCGCUCGUCUCUGCCGGCCUGGCCAAGCGCUGCCUGGUGCAGGUGAGCUACGCCAUCGGCGUCAGCCACCCGCUGUCCGUGCAUGUCGACACGUACGGUACGGGCACGCGCACCGACAGCGAGGUCCUGGAAAUCAUCCACAAGAACUUCGACCUGCGUCCGGGCAUGAUGAUCCGUGAGCUGGACCUGCGCCGGCCAAUCUAUCGAGACACGGCCAGCUAUGGCCACUUUGGACGCAGCAACCCAAACUUCCUCUGGGAGGUGCCCAAACCACUCGUUCUAUAGAGUACGGUUUUGUUCUCGUAACCAAGUUUGUUCUGUCUUCUUUCCCGGAGGUGAUACUGAAUCACAUCCCUCGUACUUGGUUAGGCUGUAAUUUUUGCAAUCCGUGCCGUUUUUCCUGUGUGGAGUGUUGCCAUAGAGAUUUCCUAGUACGUAGGGGCGCUGGGCUUUCGUCUCUGUCUGCCUGCCUCUGUCUCACUCACUCUGCAGAUCUGUCUCUCGCCCCCCCCCCCCCAACCCUCUCUCUCUCUCUCUCUCUCUCUCUCUCUCUCUCUCUCUCUCUCUCUCUCUCUCUCUCUCUCUCUCUCUCUCUCUCCUUUCCUGUCAUUUUCGUAUACAACUUUUGUUUUUGUGAUGCUUGCAAGCGUUUUAGAUAAUAUUUUUCUCUUCUGAUCUUGAAAAGUCUUUUUGUUCUAUUUUCUGAUGCAUGGUAAUCCUGGUUCACCCUGUUCACCCUGAGUUUUUCCAAUCACAUGAUGUAUCUGCCUAUUUGCCAUCCAACCGCACUUAUCUCGACCAUUUUCUUCAAAUGGUCUUUAGGCUUUCCAUGCAUCUUUGCCGAUUUUAUAUAUUCGAAUUUAUUUCUGCUUUAUUCCAAUUCACAGGUCCUUACAGUAUUGUAAUUUAGGUUUUCUUAUUUUAAAAGCUGCAAUGACCUGACAAUUGUGUUACGACAUAUUGCUCACUCUCCAUGGUAUCAUCAUUUUCAAUUUCAAUACACCACCUUUCUGUGCUAUACCCAUGCAGAUUAAUUUCCAUGUUGA